AUGCGCGAUAAAAUUCGUGACUGUCCAAAUUGUUGUCCCUGUUGUGGACGCCCGUGUGAUCAUGAUCAUGCAAAGAUCAAAUCAAAUCCGGGAUCAGAAGAGAACAAGCAUCGUUGUAAAACAGGGCAUGCUCUACGUGCAAUGAAUGGUUAUAAAUUUGAAGAAACUGAAGAAGCCUCAUUAUUUAUGUGUGAACAGAUAACAGAUGAUCAAUAUAUUAUUGUUGGUUCUUUACGUAAGAAAUGGUCACAAUUUAAAUUAGAUCAUUCAGAUUGGAUAUUUGAAUCUUUGUUAAAUAAUGAUGAACUGUCACGUUUACAUGAAAAAUUUUUAACUAUAUGGGCAAAAAUCGGUGAAGAUCUCUGUAAUAAAUAUCAUAUGAAAUUUAUUACAUUUAAUACCUAUCGUCAGAAACAACGUCCACAGUCUCUUCACUACAUUCUCCUCCUUGAUUCAUCUGGAUCAAUGGAAGGCAAACCAUGGCAGGAUCCACUCGCUGCCGUCAAAGAAUUUCUAAGACGUCGUCAAGACUUGAUCGGUGUGCAGGAUCAUAUAACGAUUAUUACAUUCACAAAUAAAGCACAUCUCGUGUAUUUUGAUAAGGAAAUUAAAGAUGUUAAUGUAGACACUGUACAAUUUGGCGGUUUCACAACGGAUUUUUGUGCAGCUUUUACACAAGUAAAUCAGUGUAUUCAAAAUUCUAGAAGAGCAGAUUUGGAUUUAAAAUAUGCAGUUAUUUUUAUGACCGAUGGAAACGCAAUCUAUCCGGAACAGGAACUUAAUUUAUUAAGUAGCACACACGGUGUAGUGAUUAAACAGUUUUGGACAUUAGCACUUGGACAUGCAAAGAUAGAUGUACUGAAUAGAAUAAAUGAGAAGAUGAAUGGAACAUAUUUUGACAUUGAAGAGUCAAGUCGAUUGCUUGAUGCAUAUGCUGAAAUUGCACGAACAGCGUAG